AUGGCACCUCCACGGAUCGAGCAGAAGGAGAUCGAGACGUACUGGAACAUCUUCUCGAACCGCACCAAUGGCGGCAAGUUCUUGACGGGCGAGAUGGCGGCGCCGGUGCUGAAGAACAGUGGCCUGCGCGACGGCCAGCUGGAGCGUGUGUGGGACCUGGCGGACGUUGACAACGACGGCAACCUGGACUUUGAAGAGUUUUGCGUCGCCAUGCGGCUGAUCUUUGACAUUUUGAACGGGGAAUAUCCGGACGUUCCGAAUGCGCUGCCCGACUGGCUGGUGCCCGAGUCCAAGGCGCAUCUCGUGCAGGCUGGCCGUGCGCUCACAGGAAAGGCAGCACAGUUCGAACAGGUGGCCGUGGACGACGACCCGGACUCGCCGAGCCUCAAGGACGGCUUCGACUGGUACAUGAGCCCCGCCGACAAGGCCAAGUACGAGCAGAUCUACCUGGAGAGCCGGGACAUGCGCGGCGACGUGGCCUUUUCCUCCCUUCAGGACCUCUACGACUCGCUCGACGUCCCCGAUACCGACAUCCGCUCCGCCUGGAACCUGGUGAACCCGGCCGCCGCUCCAUCGAUUGGCAAGGACGCCUCUCUUGCUUUCUUGCACAUCCUCAACUACCGCCACGAGGGCUUCCGCAUCCCGCGCACCGUCCCUGCCUCGCUGCGCGCCAGCUUCGAGCGCAACCAAAUCGACUACCAGGUCGGCAACGCCAGUACGGCCGCCGCAAACUCACGCUGGGCAACGCGUGCCGACGACAGCACGGCGACGGGCCGCAAGGCCAAGUUUGGCGACCAGUACCUGACGCGGCUCGGCCGUAGCGGCUUCAAGGCCACUGGCACCGACUUCUCGACGGCACAAAAGACCGAGGACUGGGAGGAGGUGCGCCUGAAGAAGCAGCUGGCCGAGCUAGAGGGCCGUAUCCAAGAGAUCGAGGCGGGCGCAGCGCGGCGGUCUGGGUCCAAGGCGAGUGGCGGCAAGCGUGACACGAAGCCUGCGCUGAUCAAGCGCGAGCUGGAGCAGCUGCUGGACUACAAGCGCCAGGAGCUGCGCGACCUCGAGGAAGGCACGGGCAAGGCCAAGGCCGGCAGCGGCCUGAAGGGUGUGACAGACGACCUGGCAACGGUGCGCGAGCAAGUAGAGAGCCUGGAAUCACACCUGCGGCAGCGUGAGCAGGUCCUCGAGCAGCUGCGUCGCGACAUUGACGAUGCCAAGGCUGCGAGGUGA